CUGUGCUCUCAUGCCGCACGGCGUCUUAACCGGACGCCCUUCCCAAGCAACAACACAACGCUUUACACACCAGACUAAGGCCAAAGUCCAAAUGGUCAUGGGAUGUCUUAACAGCCACAUGGCUUUGGGGGGCCGGCACCGGGCCCAAUGGACUCUGAAUCACCCAGAGGCUAUGGGACUUACCGAUCGGACAGACCCUGCAAUGAUGCCCAGCAGCCGGUGGCUCUCAAGCAACAGCUGCAGGAAUGCAGAACCAGCGGAUAAA